UGAUAUAUACAGUAAAACUCGCUUAAGACGCUCUCGCUUAAGACGCUUUCCCGCAUAAGACGCUGUUUUUAGUCGGUCCCUAGACAUUUCCUAUACUAGUCAAUGUAAAAAUCACCUGUUAAGACGCUCAGUUUUUCUCUGUCUAAUCGGGUAAAACGCUCUUUUUUUCAGCAGAUUACGAUAAAUUUUAGUAGUUUUGUGAAAAUAAAAAUAGAAUUUUUAGUAUUAUACGUGUUCUUAUCGUUUUAUUUUAUCGCUAUACCUAUUUUAUCAUUACUUAUUAUAACAGUUUUACUGUAUUUCAUCGUCUUAUGAGAUUUAGUAAGUGCUGUUCGUUCGCAUGUGUAUAACCGUAAUUUCGUUAUGGCUAGUGGUAUAAAACGUAAAGCGCUAACGAUUUCGGACAAACUCAACAUUUUGAAAAAGUACGAUGAAGGAUUGGCUGAGAAAAAAAAACAAAAAGAUAUUGCUAAUGAACUGGGGAUACCUCCUUCCACUUUAAGAACUUUAUUGAAAAACAGACAUGAAAUAGAACAAAGCAGCUUGUUAGGUGGCAGCAAACGACAAAAAUUAAAACACGGGAAGUAUGAAGAGUUGGAAAAUAUUUUAUUGGAGUGGUUUCAACAAGCUCGUAGUUUAAAUUAUCCAAUAAAUGGAGGUAUAAUCACGGAAAAGGCGAUGGAGAUUGCCGCACGUCUCAACUUAACCGAAUUUAGUGGAUCGACUGGUUGGCUGGAUAGAUUUCGGAGUAGGCAUAGCAUUGUGUACCGGCAAAUAUCAGGUGAGGCUGAAUCUGUUAAUAAUGAUGAUAUAGCUUCAUGGAAAAAUAACGUGUUGCCUUCAUUACUGCGUGACUAUGCUCCUGACGAUGUAUACAACGCUGAUGAAUUCGGAUUGUUUUUUAAGCUUAUGCCAGAUAAGUCUUUUGUUUUUAAAAAUGAGACAUGCCAUGGUGGAAAGUUGAGCAAGGAACGUCUCACGGUUUUAGUAUGUACAAAUUCUACCGGAACCCAUAAAUUGAAGUUGGUCGUCAUUGGAAAAAGUAGGUCUCCUCGCUGUUUCAAAAAUGUUCGUACGUUUCCAUGUGAAUACCUUGCUCAAAGUCGUGCUUGGAUGACAGGAAUACUAUUCAUAAACUGGAUUCAACAGCUAGAUGCAUUUUUCGGUAAACAAAAGAGAAAAAUUAUUCUAUUCGUCGACAAUUGUCCGGCUCACCCUAAAGAUAUCCCUACUACCAAUAUAAAACUUGUUUUCUUUCCACCAAAUACUACAUCUAAGUUACAACCCCUAGAUCAGGGUAUCAUUAAAGUGAUAAAACAAAAGUACCGAAAAAAGUUAGUUCAGCGGUACUUGAGAGACAUGGAGAGUACCAACCAAAUUUCAACUAAAGUUAACGUUUAAAUUAAUCGCUGAUACGAACUUAGUGGACAAUGAGAAAGAAGACGACGAUCAAGAAGAAGAAGAUCAAGACUUUCCAGUAUCUACUCCUACAAUAACUACUGGUUUGCAACAUUUAUCGGAAAUUCGGAAAGUAUUAUUCUGUGUUGAAAAUUCCGAAGAAAUGUUAGGUUGUCUUAAUAAAAUUGAAAACUUUCUUGCUGAAACACAUUGUCAGAACCUUAAACAAUCAAAAAUAGAUCAUUUUUUUAAUAAACAAUAAUAAAAUAUGUAUGUAAUAAUAAUAUUUUUUUAAAUUAAAUUCAGUAGCACAAAAAUAUAAGUAUGUAUGUAUAUCGUAAUUAUAAUUAAUUUUUAAGUGUAUUUCUCAUUAAAUUAUGUUUAAUAAUAAAAAAAUAAACUCGAUAUUUCAACCACAUCAUUUUGUUUCAUUCCCGCAUAAGACGCUUUCCCGCAUAAGACGUUUUAGAGAGCUGGUCCC